AUGAAUCCAUUCUAAUAGAUUCCCACUUUACCAUAACUUUAAUAUUGUCCCUAAUUACAAUAAUUGUAAUAACUUCAACAGAUACAAGUAUACUCCUACAUCCCUAACCUUAGUAUUUACAUUUACUUUGUGCACUCUAAAGCAAUAUUACCAACCAACCCAAUCUAUAAAUACCAUCACUCAAUCCUCUUCAACAUAUAUCUCUUCUUUCUUAAUCAUCUCAAAGAACAAUACCGAUAGUACAAUAGCCUGACAUUCGAACGAAGAAAAGUCAAUCAGAAAGAGUUUUACCCAAAUAAAAGAAGGAGAAUGAAAUUCUGAAACAAUUUACACAAGACGAAAUACUCUGGGAACUCAAAUAAUUAUUGGAAUAUCUCUGCAAAGAGGAAAUCAAGGAAUUGGACGACAAUGAGAAAAAUAAAUAUAAAGUAUAUAAAAAUUUUGAUAAAAUAUUAUUUUAGAUCUUGACUAGAAUAGAUGAUGGAUUGAUAGAAUCACUGAUCAAUCGCUAUCAAAAUUAGAAAAAGACAAAAGAGGAAUAAAUUAAAUUCAUACUAAGGAAAUGCUUUAAAUUCCUUAAACAAAAGAUGAACUUAAACGAGUUGACAAUGAGCGCCUAUGAAAUCGAAAAAGUAUUCUAUAAAGAAUAUUUUUCUACCAAUGAAAAUAUUGAAGAAUUAAUUCCCUUUAGGUCCGAGUCUUCCAAUAAAACCAUGAAUACCUCUUAUUUAAAGAAAAUUUUUUCUUCUGAAAAAUUUUACGAGGGCUACCUCUCUUAUCUUGGUAAAAAUUCCCACUUAAUCCCUUAGAACAUUUUGAUGAAAUUUGGGAUCAAGAAAAUAAUGAAAAAAUUCAAAAUAUGGCCAAACAAGUCUUAAAAUUUAUUGCUUCUGGAUAAAUCGAUGUAUUAUUUAUCAAUUGAAUUUACAUAGAAAAUAUCCACAUACAAAAGAGUACCUUGGAUUUCGUCAAUGAAAUAACGUUGUUAUGAAUUGGCUGUUUCGUUUAAAGCAUACCAUGAACAAGAAGAAAUCUGUAAAAAGGUAAAAUAGGAAUGAAAAUAUUGAUAUUAUUCAAAAAUACAAAAUAAC